GUGAAUUUCGUGAAUUUCUCAAGUUGUGGGCUCGGUCUCUCUGACCAAUCGGCGUUAGAUUAGGCUACCCACGUGGGUUUCUGGGACGGCCGGAUUUCGCUCGCGGUAUCGCACGAGCCUCGGCUUAUUGUGGUCCUACCCUUGGUUCGUCCAUCGAUCGCCCUCCGCCCGUCAAUCCCCGUCAUGGAGGCCAUCAUUCUCAAGUUGCUCCAACCCGAUAACGCCGUGAUCGAAGCCGGGACACGCGAACUGAAAGCGGCCCUGAGCUCGCCGCAGGCUUUGCCCGAGUUAUGCAGCGUGCUCACGACCACUACGGCCUCGCCCGAAGUCCGGCAAUACGCGGCCGUUCUGCUCCGGAAGAAGUUUGGACAAGAGCGUUUAUGGUUGGGUCUGAGCGGUGAGCAGCGCGAUUUGGUGCGCCAAGGCUGUUUGGGCGCGCUCCAGGCCGAAUCCCAGCCCAGUGUGCGCCAGGCCAUCGUCCAAUUGGUGGGCGUGUUGGCCCGUCGCGAGCCUUGGCCCGAGUUGCGCGCCUUUAUUGUGGCUAGCUGGAGCUCGGAUCAAUCCGAGGCGCGCGUGUGGGGCGUACGCACUUGGUCCGUGGUGUGUCAAGAGGCGGGCGCGCAAGUCCGACCCGAGCUGCCCCAAUUUGCGCCCUUACUGCAGCGAGCUUGGUCCCAGGGGGAACCCGAGAUGGCCUAUUACGCUACGCAAGCUCUGCAGGCCUUGGUGCCGCACCUGGGCUCGGAGGAACUCCCGCUAGUUCAACCGUUGAUCACCCACGUAGUGGCCGCGCUCCCGGCUUUGGUGCGCGCCGAUCAGGAUCGCGCCGCUCGCGCCCUGGAGUUGUUUGAUGCGCUCUUCGAAUGCGAGGUACCCAUUGUGGCGCCUCAUUUGCCGCUCAUUGUGGAACUGUGUCUGAAUUUGGCCGCCCAAAGCGAUUUGGAGGAUUCGCUCCGGGUGUCGGCCAUUACACUCUUGGGUCGGUUGGGGCGCCUCAAGAAGAAGGCCAUCAUCAAGCACAAGCUCUAUGGGCCCAUGAUCAACACCCUCUUCCCCAUUAUGUGUUAUGUGCCCCCGGACCAGGAGGAAGAAGCGGUCGAUUUAAUUGAGUGCGCCCACCCGUCCACUUGUGCUUGUCAAGCCAUGGAUUGCCUGGCCAUUCAGUUGCCGCCCGAGAAGUUCAUGCCGCCGUUGUUACGCCUUGUCGAGCCUGCCCUCCAAGAUGGUCGACCGGAAAUGAUGAAGGGCGCCUUCAACGCCUUGGCCGUGAUUGCGGAAGGAUGUUCCGAGCACAUCCGCACCAAAUACAUGGUGUCUUUUUUACAAGCGAUUGGUCAAGGCAUUAAACACACCCAUCCCUCGGUCAAGAGUGCGGCUCUGUACGCUUUGGGUCAAUUCUCCGAGUAUCUCCAGCCCGAGAUCAACAACUAUGCGUCGGAUAUCCUCCCUGUGCUAUUCGAGUUUCUAGAUGAGGCCAGUCAGCAAAUGAAGCAAACCCGACGCGAUCCACCUGGCCUGAAUCGUAUCUUUUACGCCCUCGAGAUCUUUUGUGAGAACCUGGAGAAGAAACUUGAGCCCUUCUUGUCGGACUUGAUGAGCCGUCUCCUGGCUUUGCUUCAGGGCGACGAGAUCUCGGUUCGCACUCAGGAGUUGACCAUUAGCGCUAUUGGCGCCGCCGCCAACGCCACCGGUCAGGCCAUCUAUCCGUUCUUCGAUCCUAUCAUGGUCAAUCUCAAACGCUAUUUGAACCUGACCUCUUCGUCCGAGCAGGAGCUGACCUUGCUCACCCAAAGUAUGGAUACCUUGGGCACAUUGGCUCGAGCCGUUGGACCCACUGGGUUUGUGCCCUCCUUGGCGGAGGAGUGCUGCAAGUUGAGUUUGGAUUUGGUCACCAAGUAUGACGAUCCGGAUGUGCGAAAGUGCGCUUUCGCUAUGUUUGGCAGCGUGUCGUUCGUGGUCAAGGAUCAAGGGAUCGGCGAGGUCUUGCCGAGCAUCAUUGACAUGAUGAUUCGGUCAGUGGAGAGCAAGGAGGGUAUUUCCUUCGAAUAUAAAGAUGAAGGGGACAGCCACUUACCAUUGGAGGACCUCAGUGACGACGAAGACGAAGACGGGGAAAUCUCCUUGAACUCCUCGUCUAACGCGUCGAAUUUGAAGGCCGUCAAUGUGGAAAACGCUUUCGAAGAAGCGGUCGAUUUAAUUGAGUGCGCCCACCCGUCCACUUGUGCUUGUCAAGCCAUGGAUUGCCUGGCCAUUCAGUUGCCGCCCGAGAAGUUCAUGCCGCCGUUGUUACGCCUUGUCGAGCCUGCCCUCCAAGAUGGUCGACCGGAAAUGAUGAAGGGCGCCUUCAACGCCUUGGCCGUGAUUGCGGAAGGAUGUUCCGAGCACAUCCGCACCAAAUACAUGGUGUCUUUUUUACAAGCGAUUGGUCAAGGCAUUAAACACACCCAUCCCUCGGUCAAGAGUGCGGCUCUGUACGCUUUGGGUCAAUUCUCCGAGUAUCUCCAGCCCGAGAUCAACAACUAUGCGUCGGAUAUCCUCCCUGUGCUAUUCGAGUUUCUAGAUGAGGCCAGUCAGCAAAUGAAGCAAACCCGACGCGAUCCACCUGGCCUGAAUCGUAUCUUUUACGCCCUCGAGAUCUUUUGUGAGAACCUGGAGAAGAAACUUGAGCCCUUCUUGUCGGACUUGAUGAGCCGUCUCCUGGCUUUGCUUCAGGGCGACGAGAUCUCGGUUCGCACUCAGGAGUUGACCAUUAGCGCUAUUGGCGCCGCCGCCAACGCCACCGGUCAGGCCAUCUAUCCGUUCUUCGAUCCUAUCAUGGUCAAUCUCAAACGCUAUUUGAACCUGACCUCUUCGUCCGAGCAGGAGCUGACCUUGCUCACCCAAAGUAUGGAUACCUUGGGCACAUUGGCUCGAGCCGUUGGACCCACUGGGUUUGUGCCCUCCUUGGCGGAGGAGUGCUGCAAGUUGAGUUUGGAUUUGGUCACCAAGUAUGACGAUCCGGAUGUGCGAAAGUGCGCUUUCGCUAUGUUUGGCAGCGUGUCGUUCGUGGUCAAGGAUCAAGGGAUCGGCGAGGUCUUGCCGAGCAUCAUUGACAUGAUGAUUCGGUCAGUGGAGAGCAAGGAGGGUAUUUCCUUCGAAUAUAAAGAUGAAGGGGACAGCCACUUACCAUUGGAGGACCUCAGUGACGACGAAGACGAAGACGGGGAAAUCUCCUUGAACUCCUCGUCUAACGCGUCGAAUUUGAAGGCCGUCAAUGUGGAAAACGCUUUCAUGGAGGAAAAGGAACAAGCUGUGAUUGCCUUGAAAGAGAUCUGCCUGAACUCUCCCCAUUCGUUUUACCCGUAUCUUCAAAAGAGCUCCGAGGUCAUCUGGGGCGUGCUCGAGUUUCCCGAUGAGGAUGUGCGCAAAUCGGCUGCGGAAGCUUUGGCCGAAUUUGCCAGAUGCUACUUCAAAAUGGGCACACCCCAAGGACAAGAGGCCUUUCAAAAUGCCAUCACCGCCCUAGUCCCCAAAUUGUGCUCCUUGGUUCAAAGCGACCCGGAAGCUGGCGUCGUUUCCAUGUGUCUGGAUCAAUUGGCCUACCUUUUGAAGGAGUGUCUCAGUGGAGUUGCGGGAAUUCCAGGCUACCCGGAGAUGAUUACUCAAUGCGUGCGACUUGUAAUGAAGUCUGAAUGCGCUUGCAUGGCCACGGAAUCUUGUUGCGACCGCGACUGCAAGUGCGAGCCCGAGGAUGAGAAUAUUCAAUCUGAGCAGGAUGAAGUGCUCUUCGAAUAUGCGGGUGAAGUCCUGCCUGCUUUGGGCAACGCUAUGAAUCCCACUGCGUUCAGCCCUUAUUUCGCCGGGAUGUUGCCCCAUCUGUUGAAAAAGACGAAGAAAAGCUGCACGGUCAGUGAGCGAUCCUUCGGUGCGGGCAGCUUAGCUGAUUGUAUGAAGCCGCUCCAAGGCGCUCUCGACCCGUAUAUCAAAACUCUUUUCCCCAUUUUCUUGACCUUGCUGAACGACGAUGAGGACGACGUCAGGAACAAUGCCAUUUUUGGUCUCGGUGAAUUGGCUUUUCGAUCUGGACCGGCGAUGUACGACAAAUAUUCCACUAUUCUCCAAACUCUGUCCAACAUAUUGGCCGUUGAAGAGAACGUCCGGGUUGUUGAUCAAAUCCUGGGAGCUGUUUGCCGUUUACUGGUCACCAACAUCGAUCUGGUACCCUUGGACGAAGUCUUGCCAGUAAUUUUCAAGAAUUUGCCCCUCAAAGAGGACGUAGAGGAGAACACAAUCAUUAUGAAAGCCAUCCUGGUCUUGUAUGCCCAAGGUCAUCCUCAGGUGCGUCAAAAUGUGCCUAAGAUCAUGGAAGUGGCUGUCACGGCUUUCAAAACCGGGGAAGAGGCCAUGGCGGAAGACAAUGAUUUGGCUAAGACUUUGCUGACCAAUUUGUCACGAGACAUGCCCGAUGAAUUCGCGUCCACCCUCACUGCUAUUCCUGACAACGUUGCGUCAAAAAUCUCCCAGAUUGUUCAAGCCCAAUGAGCUUGAUCGCUUUUAAUGUUGGUAGUCAACAAAGAGUUAAAUAAAUUCCUACGCUUUUAUAUCGACCCGUUGCGACUUCCCUCAACUUCAACCUUUAUGUCACGCUCUAAACUUCCAGA